CUGAUGGAUUUGCAUUAGAGUUCCAGCCCGGCGUUUUGAAUAUUGUCUCCUAAUACCCGACCUGGCGCUCCCAGUUUAGGAGCAGACAUUGUUUUGUAAUCAACAACGAAUGAUGAAACCCUCCGUAACUGAGAUGCUUCACAGAGGGAGGAUGUUGUGGAUAAUUCUUCUAAGCACAAUUGCUCUAGGAUGGACUACCCCGAUUCCCUUGAUAGAGGACUCAGAGGAAAUAGAUGAGCCUUGUUUUGAUCCAUGCUACUGUGAAGUUAAAGAAAGCCUCUUUCAUAUACAUUGUGACAAUAAGGGAUUUACAAAUAUUAGUCAGAUAACAGAGUUCUGGUCAAGACCUUUUAAACUGUAUCUGCAGAGGAAUUCAAUGAGGAAAUUGUAUACCAACAGUUUUCUCCAUUUGAAUAAUGCUGUGUCCAUUAACCUUGGCAACAAUGCAUUGCAGGAUAUUCAAACAGGAGCUUUCAAUGGUCUGAAGAUUUUAAAGAGGCUAUAUCUACAUGAGAACAAACUAGAUGUCUUCAGAAAUGACACCUUUUUAGGCUUGGAAAGCCUGGAAUAUUUGCAGGCAGAUUACAAUGUCAUUAAACGUAUUGAGAGUGGGGCAUUUCGGAACCUUAGUAAAUUGAGGGUUCUGAUUUUAAAUGAUAAUCUCAUUCCCAUGCUUCCAACCAAUUUAUUUAAGGCUGUCUCUUUAACCCAUCUGGACCUACGUGGAAACAGGUUAAAGGUUCUUUUUUACCGAGGGAUGCUAGACCAUAUUGGUAGAAGCCUAAUGGAGCUCCAGUUGGAAGAAAAUCCCUGGAACUGUACAUGUGAAAUUGUACAACUGAAAAGUUGGCUGGAACGCAUUCCUUAUACCGCCCUGGUAGGAGACAUCACCUGCGAGACCCCUUUUCAUUUCCAUGGAAAGGACCUCCGGGAAAUCAGGAAGACAGAACUCUGUCCCUUGUUGUCUGACUCCGAGGUGGAGGCUAGUUUGGGAAUCCCUCACUUGUCAUCAAGCAAGGAAAAUGCAUGGCCAACUAAGCCUUCUUCAAUGUUGUCAUCCGUCCAUUUUACUGCUUCUUCUGUUGAAUAUAAGUCCUCAAAUAAACAGCCUAAACCCACCAAACAACCCCGAACACCAAGGCCACCCUCCACAUCCCAAGCAUUAUAUCCGGGUCCAAACCAGCCUCCCAUUGCUCCUUACCAGACCAGACCACCCAUUCCCAUUAUAUGCCCUACUGGGUGCACCUGUAAUUUGCACAUCAAUGACCUUGGCUUGACAGUCAACUGCAAAGAACGGGGAUUUAAUAACAUUUCGGAACUUCUUCCAAGGCCUUUGAAUGCCAAGAAACUAUACCUGAGUAGCAAUCUGAUUCAGAAAAUAUACCGUUCUGAUUUUUGGAAUUUCUCCUCUUUGGAUCUAUUGCAUCUGGGGAACAAUCGUAUUUCUUAUGUUCAAGACGGAGCCUUCAUCAACCUGCCCAACCUAAAGAGCCUCUUUCUCAAUGGUAAUGAUAUUGAGAAGCUGACACCAGGCAUGUUCCGAGGCCUACAGAGUUUGCACUACUUGUACUUUGAGUUUAAUGUUAUCCGAGAAAUCCAGCCUGCAGCCUUCAGCCUCAUGCCCAACUUGAAGCUACUAUUUCUCAACAACAACUUGCUGAGGACCCUGCCAACAGAUGCCUUUGCAGGCACAUCUUUGGCCCGGCUUAACUUGCGAAAGAAUUAUUUCCUCUACCUACCUGUGGCUGGUGUUCUGGAGCACUUGAAUGCCAUUGUCCAGAUAGAUCUCAAUGAGAAUCCUUGGGACUGCACCUGUGACCUGGUCCCCUUCAAACAGUGGAUUGAAACCAUCAGUUCAGUCAGUGUGGUGGGUGAUGUGCUUUGUGGGAGCCCUGAGAACCUCACCCACCGUGAUGUGCGCACCAUUGAGCUAGAAGUUCUUUGCCCAGAGAUGUUGCAUGUCCCACCAGCUGGAGCAUCCCCAGCCCAGCCUGGGGAUUUUCACCUUGCUGGAGGGCCAACAAGUGCAUCACCUUAUGAGUUCUCUCCCCCUGGGGGACCAGUGCCACUUUCUGUGUUGAUUCUCAGCUUGCUGGUUCUGUUCUUUUCAGCAGUGUUUGUUGCUGCAGGCCUCUUUGCCUAUGUGCUCCGACGUCGCCGGAAGAAGCUGCCCUUUAGAAGCAAGAGGCAGGAAGGUGUAGACUUAACUGGAAUUCAGAUGCAAUGCCAUCGGCUUUUUGAAGAUGGUGGAGGUGGUGGGGGUGGAAGUGGGGGCCGACCAACUCUUUCAUCUCCAGAGAAGGCUCCUCCUGUGGGUCACGUGUAUGAGUACAUCCCCCACCCAGUCACCCAGAUGUGCAACAAUCCUAUCUACAAGCCUCGUGAGGAGGAGGAAGUAACCAUUUCAUCAGUCCAGGAACCAGGGGCUGCAGAACGUGGGGGUCCUGGGACACAACCACCAGGAAUGAGCGAGGUUCUUCUAGGAAGCGAGCAGUUUGCUGAGACAUCGAAGGAGAACCAUACCAACUACCGGACCUUGCUGGAAAAGGAGAAAGAGUGGGCCCUGGCUGUGUCCAGCUCCCAGCUUAACACCAUAGUGACAGUGAACCACCAUCACCCUCACCCACAUCACCCAGCAGGUGGUGGGGUUUCAGGGGUAGUUGGGGGAACUGGGGGAGACAUGGCUGGGUUUCGCCAUCAUGAGAAGAAUGGUGGGGUGGUGCUGUUUCCUCCUGGGGGAGGCUGUGGUGGUAGCAGUAUGCUACUAGACCGAGAAAGGCCACAACCAGCCCCCUGCACAGUGGGCUUUGUGGACUGUCUCUAUGGCACAGUGCCCAAAUUAAAGGAACUACAUGUCCACCCUCCUGGCAUGCAAUACCCAGACUUACAGCAGGAUGCCAGGCUCAAAGAAACCCUUCUCUUCUCGGCUGGAAAGGGCUUCACAGACCACCAAACCCAAAAAAGUGAUUACCUCGAGUUAAGGGCCAAACUUCAAACCAAGCCGGAUUACCUCGAAGUCCUGGAGAAGACAACAUAUAGGUUCUAACAGAGAAAGAAAGAUAAAUUAGUGUUUUGUUUUGUUUUUUGAAAAGAAAAGGAAAAUAAAAGAAAUCUAUCCCAUUCUCCCUUUAUACUUGUCCCAAUAACUCCUCCCUCAUAACCUUUCCUGCCCUGAACAGAACUGAAACUGCAUGAUAACUAGAGAAUACACAUGUAUGCUCUCCCCUCUCAAAUGGGAUUUGGAGGAAGGGCCAUACUCAGAUCAUUAAUCAAUGAAGUGCCUUCGCAGACUUUUGCCAGCAAAUGUUAUCAUUAUUUUUUUAUACUGAAAUUGAGACUUUGACUGUGCCAUGUAUAAGGUAUAUUAGGGAUCACUGUAUUGAUCCUAAUUAAGUAAAAUUCAAUGUGUCUUUUUUUUUUUUUCAGUUGUAGGUUUCUUUGAAAGGGAUGGGGGAAACAAAUUGACAUUUGUGGCUUUCUUUCCUCUUCCCGUCAUGGCACAGAUUCUGUACAUGUAUUAACAAUGCAGUUUGCUGCAUGCCUGGAAACUGCAAGACGGGGAGGGAGGGGCGGGUCUUGCUCGAAUGUUUUCACUCACUCUUGUCUCUCACAUACAUACCCACAUGCAAAUACCUGUACACAGGUCCCUAAACCUGCAACCUACUUCUCUGGUGCAGAUACACAGGUACACACACACACACACACACACACCACUCACAUUCAACCCAAUAUGAUUAGUUCGGGUUUGAUUCAUUCCUCUCCUCUCCAUAACUUCAUCUGCCCUCCACUCCUACCUAGUGUUUAGCUCACAGCAUUUUCCCUUAGCAUCCUAGGGGAAGUUAUAUUCUAGGCUGGAUCCUACUGAAAUGGAGACCCGGUGGUUUAACAGCCAGAGGCACACACCUAGGGAUGAACUCCCUCUUUGUGACAUUUCAUCCUGAUGCCAAGAAAUUUUGGAGAACAUCUGCACUUUCUUAUAUAUAUAUAUAUAAAAUUAAAAAAGCAACUGGGUAUAUAUCACUAACAGCUUUGUAGGAAGCACUUUUAAUGUUUUCUCUCUCACACACAAAGAUUCUAAAGAAAUGUGCAUAUAUUUAUUCUGUAAUUUCAGUGAUUAUAAAUUGUAAAGGUAAUGUUUAAUCAUUGUAUAGUGAUUAUGCGUCUGGUAUAGCUUUCCUAAUAAAAAGUUUUUGAAAAACAUAA